GGCAGUCGAGCCGAGUCGCUUGCAGUCGCCACAGUUCUGCAGCUUCGUGUUUGCCCUCACACCGGGACGGGCGCGGUCUCUCCGUUUGCAGUCGGCAUAGCUCUGCUGCUUCUAGUUUCACGCGGUAACAGCGCGUCCUCUCCGCUUGCAGUUGGCACAGCUCUGCUGCUUCGUGUUUGCCUUUGCCCUCACACCGGCAACACCGCGUCCUCUCCCUUUGCAGCCAGCACUGCUCCCAAUCUCACGCGGCAACAGCGCAUCCUCUCCGCUUGCAGUUCAUCCUCACCGCUAGCAGCCAGAUCUGCUCCCAGCCUCACCCUGCAUCUCCGUAUCCUCUGAGUCGCUUGCAGUCGGCACUCCCCCGGCACCGCCGUGUCCUCUCCGCCGCCCAUGCUGUGGAUGAACUCCACGCUGUGGGGCACGAGCACCAUGAGCUUCACACGUGACGAGGAGCUGCAAUUGGUCGGCAUUGUACAGAGCUACCCCUGUCUCUACGACCAGACGCAUCGCAACUACAAGGACGUAUUUCUGCGCGACAGUCUUUGGCGCGAGAUCGCCUUGAAGUUCGACGGCAAAACAGACGAGGACUGCAAAAAACGUUGGCGAACAAUCAGAGACACGUACAGGAGAAGACAUAAGAAGACAAGCCAACAGAAUCAGGAGAAUGGCGCAAAAAAGCGAUUGUGGCACUUGGCUUCCUACCUUGGUUUUCUGGAAAAUUGCAACGACGAAGUCAAAUCUACAGCAGUGGCAUCAUACGAAGAGAGGGGGGAGGGAUGUGAAGAUGGUCUGCAGGGGGAAAGUGAAGAGAUAACAGUGGAGUACACCAACUCCCCCACCCCUCCUUCUUUAGAUAACGAGAAUGAUGGGGAUUACCCCCCCUCGCCAUCCACCGCCUCACAAUCAGCUGUCGAGGAUCGAACUCCACGCGGAAGUAAGCGGAAGAGGUCUCACAGGGAGGGCGAAGUGGACGAGAUAGUGCGCAGUCUUCGGAAAGAGAGGAAGCGACUGAUCGACUGUCUGCGCUCUCCGCCUGAGGACGACAUCGACCUCUUCUACAAGAGUAUGGCCGCAUCCGUCAAGCAGCUACCCCCACACCUGGCAGCGCAAGCCAAGCUGGUUCACCUGCAGGCGCUCAACGAUCUCCAGAUGCAGCAGAUAAUCGUCAAACAAGAGCCCAACGAUUCGUGAUCGUCAACCGAUAGUUACUAGAUAAUAAUCUCCGAUUUAGGAUAGGAUCGCGGAUUAAUUGAUAAGUGCCAGUAAUAUUGCUUGAUAAUAAUGUACAUUUACAAGGGGAUCAUAAACUGUUAGUUAUUAAAUACUCACCGUUUUAGGAUAAGAAUACGUAAUGCGGAUAAUUUGCCAGUAAUGGUACUUGAUAAAUGUUCCACGUUUACAAGAAUGUUUUCAAGUGUCAGCUAUUUUAUUAGUUUAGUUUUAAUAUUUCAGACAAAGAUCUGCUGCAGAGAUGCAAUGGAUUCUCGUUUCAAGAACCCAGCGAUGAACCAUCAAACUUAGUUAUAAGGUAAAAUAAAAUCCACCGUUAUAGAAUGGGCAAUUGAUUCGUGGUCUAAACAAUAGUUUCCACCCAAGUGCUAGUAAUUAUCACUUAUAAAUGUAUGUUUUCGUAUAUUCUGAGGAAAUACCUUGAGAUAUGUUACAGGUAAGUUUUUCUUCAAACAAGAAUUUUAUUUAGUUUUAACGAUUAAUAAACGACAAAGUUAUAAAUGUUGUAUGCUUUCAUAUAUUUUGAGGAAAUACCAUACGCUAUUAACAGGUGAAUUUUUCUUCAAACUCAUUUUAUUCAGUUUUAAUGAUUAAUUUGACGACGAAGUUCUUCGGCAUUGUAUAUAGGCUAGUAAAACAAUCAUAUUAUAACGAAUUCUAACAUUCGAUCGACAUUUACAGUGUAUACAAGUUAUUGUUUUCAAAUAUAUUUGAUUUAAACGACUUGAAAAUACCAUCAGCUAUUAUGUUACAGGUAAAUUUUUCUUCAAACUCAUUUUAUUCAGUUUUAAUGAUUAAUUUGACGACGAAGUUCUUCGGCAUUGUAUAGGCUAGUAAAACAAUAAUAUUAUAACGAAUUCUAAUAUUCGAUCGACAUUUACAGUGUAUACGAGUUAUUGUUUUCAAAUAUAUUUGAUUUAAACGAUUUUUCGUGAACUAAUUCACAGACGUCACCCUCGACAGAUGCAUCAUGGGUUAGGCCAGUAAAAUGUUUACAGACUUACGAACUGUUCUUUGAAAUGACAUUCAAUACAGAGGCAUCAAUUACAGAAAUGUAAGUUUACAAAUGUUCUAGGGGAUUAAUUUAUUACGGGUUGAUUAUAGUUUUACAGGUUUCAUAGGUUUUAUAGUUUCAAGUUUGUAAUGUUUCAUAGGUUGAUUAUAGUUUUAAAGAGAUGAAAGUUCAAUGGUAGGACCAUUAGUUUUUUAAUAUUAUUCAGACAGUUUGCUGCAUGUCGUAUUACGAUGUCUACAUGGAAUUCGAGAUGAAAUCGCAUAUGCUUUAGAAAACGCUAUCCCUUUGACAGCAUCAGUGUUCCGGAAAACUAGUGUUCUCUCUAGACUAGAUUGUACGAUAGUGUUCUCCCUAAUAGACUUUAUAGACUGAAAGCAAGCUUCCAAGGAUAAACUUGUUGGAAUCGCUAUCAUAUAGAACGGGAUACUAGUCUGUGAUAAUGUGUGUGUGGACAUUUUGACCCAGUUCAUCUGUAUUGUUUAUUAAACCGCAGCCGGCUAUUUGAUUAGUUUUCCAUAGUAGAUAGUCUAAUAUUACAUAAGUUAUACGAAUGAUUACACAACAAUGCCAUCUCUAGAUUUUAAUGAAAAAUACUACUAAAUUUGAUAGUAGUUUGUGACUUUGUGAAUACUGUACUGUAGUUUAGUGAAAAGUUUUCUCAACGAUCAGGGUAAAAUAAUUUGGUCAUAAGUAGGCCUACUGUACUGUGGCUAUAAUUUAUAUUAUCUAUCUCUAUCUGUCAUGUCGUAUAUUGCUUUUUUAUUACGCUUGUCGAUUCAAAGUCAUCGUAUAUAGCACUAUUAUUUAUAAUCGCUAUUAUACUAUCGAUAAGUAAUCAGUUACCAAGCACAUUCGUACAAAAGCAACAUUAUCAAAAUGAUUUAGGAUUAUCUUAUACAAACUUCCUGAGUAAUAAGGUAAUAGAAAUUUUUUUUGCUUGAUAGAUUCAGAAAAUUACUUGACAGAAAAUUAUCUUGAUGUUGGUUUUAUUCUCAAGUAAGUUAAAAUGUCGAAAUACUUAUGUAUACAGAUUUUCAACAUGAAAAUAAUCAUUUGUUGUAGUCAUACAUUUUCAGGAAUUAA